AUGAAGGUAGACGCUGAAGAGAACAAUAUCGACUUCGAUGAUGAGGAUGGCACAAACUUGGCCGCUUUUGCAGACUUUAUGAUAGAUAAUUUCUUUCUGCCACUCAAAGCAUCUAGCCACCACACUCCACAGCCCUCCCCUGCACACCUUUCAGUAAUUCAAAAUGUACAAGGAAGACGUGAAUUUACUGGAACACCAGACCGAAUAUCAGUACUUCGAGGUUCUUGCCUCAUCCGUGACCAUCAUCGUUGCGUGAUCUCUCGCAAAUUUGAUCCGCAAGAAGCAAUAGUUCGUCUGACAGAAUAUGGCUGUGAUGCCCAAGAUGAUGAAGCGAACCCACUCCAGGGACAGUUAUCUAUGAUUUUAGAAGUGGCCCAUAUACUUCCACAUCCCCUGACACAGACAAAUGCAGAUUCCCAAUUAGAUUAUUCCAAGAAAGCUGCUCUCAUGAUUCUUCAUAUGUUUGACAGUGACGUCUCACACCUAGUUGAUGGCAUCGAUAUUGAUCAGCCAUUUAAUGCUAUGAGUCUUACUCAUGAUCUCCAUGCCCUUUUCAGCAACUUUAAAGUUUUCUUUGAACCUGUUCCGGGCCAGGAGCACACCUAUCAAAUUGAUACUUUCCUUCCUCCAGGAAUCUUACAAGAUAUCCCUGUCACUUGCACACUCUAUCUCACAGAUAAUCAAUCAAUAGACCCCCCUUCAUCUCGGCUCCUUGCACUACACUGCGCCAUUGCUCAUAUUCUUCACCUCUCUGGGGCAGGAGAAUAUAUUGACAGUAUCCUCCGGGAUAUGGAGACGGGUAUACAAGGGGAUGGGUCCACAGAACUGGGCCAUAUAGUAAAGUUGAGACUGAGUGGUUGGCUUGGUGCUUCCCGUGGCCAAUCACUAUCCCAUAUUUAG